ACAAGUGAAAGAGCAUUUGGCCAGCCCGGAGAAGCCGAGCUGGGUGGCUUGAGUCUACAUGGUUCUCAUGUCGCGUUUAAGGCCAGCCCCCUGCACCGUGUGGAGCUUCAAUAGCGCAGAGCAGCGUCUACAGCAAAGUACUCCUCCUCACUCCCAGACUACCGUAGUGUUGUAAGUGUGUGUGUGUGUUUACCGGACCGAACGACAGACAUGGCAGAAGUCGCACCAGCACCCGCCGCCGCCGCGCCGGCCAAGGCACCCAAGAAGAAGGCAGCAGCCAAGCCCAAGAAAGCGGGACCCAGCGUAGGCGAGCUCAUCGUCAAGGCGGUGUCCGCCUCCAAGGAGAGGAGCGGCGUGUCCCUGGCCGCGCUCAAGAAGUCUCUGGCGGCAGGCGGCUACGACGUGGAGAAGAACAACUCCCGUGUCAAGAUCGCCGUCAAGAGCCUCGUCACCAAGGGCACCCUGGUCCAGACCAAGGGCACCGGUGCCUCCGGCUCCUUCAAGCUCAACAAGAAGGCCGUCGAGGCAAAGAAGCCCGCCAAGAAAGCCGCAGCCCCCAAAGCUAAGAAGGUGGCCGCCAAGAAGCCCGCCGCCGCCAAGAAGCCCAAGAAGGUAGCAGCCAAGAAGGCCGUGGCCGCAAAGAAGUCCCCCAAGAAGGCCAAGAAGCCCGCUACACCCAAAAAGGCCGCCAAGAGCCCAAAGAAGGUGAAGAAGCCCGCCGCAGCGGCGAAGAAAGCGGCCAAGAGCCCCAAGAAGGCUACCAAGGCAGCGAAGCCCAAAGCCGCCAAGCCCAAGGCAGCCAAGGCCAAGAAGGCAGCCCCCAAGAAGAAGUAAAGCUAUUACAAACAGUGUUCUUUCUACUCGACACAUGUUGUUACCACAAAAGGCUCUUUUAAGAGCCACCCACCUCUUUCCAUAAAAGCGCAUGUCAUUCCAUGUACGUCCUACCUACCUAGCUAAGAAAUGAAAUGAAUGAGUUUUAGGCAUCACAUUUUCGAGUGGCUAAAUGGCUUAACAUUUGUCACUCAAGAGUGCAGCACCCUAACCAGUCAACAUUGUUGUGUAGUGUUAGAAUUCGCAUGUCACAUUGAUCCUGAUGAUAAUAAUAAGAAUACAUACUAUAGUGGGUUGGACAGCAGCCAUUUGUAUUAUGAGCCACUCUCGAAUUGAUUGAUACAUGUUUCAUUGAUUUGAGUUCUCACUUUGGCGCUCCCGCCAACGCGAAAAAGUAACAAAAGUCGGAGGGAAACAGAGUAGCCUAGCCCUUGUCACUCUGCUGCCUGCCUGCCUGCCUGCCUGCCUGCCGGGUGGGGGCGGGCUUAGGGCUGACUGUCUGUCCCUCUCUCACUCCAAUUGGAUAAGGCCACACCGGUCCGGUGGCCAAUCGAUGCCUCUUGUGGCGAGGUAUAAGUAAGGCUCUCGAGGUGGCCAGCGGCUCAUUCAGACAUUCUGUGACAUACUGAAGCUACCAA